CAUCCACUGAGCGCCUGCUGGAGGAGGAGAUACGCAUCAUAUAUACCUAACCAACCGUCUUUCUGGAUCACUCUGCUGGUCGGAACCGAUCACGGGGCACGUGUGUGCAGUGGAUACGCCGGAGCGCUGUGAUUCGUGGACUAAUUGCGGGGCGCUUGCGGGAAUACGAGGAGCAUCUCUGUGGACGAGAGGGAAUACAUCUCGUUUUCCUGUCCGUCUCCACACACACUUCGAUUUAGAGGGCAUUUAUUUGGUACUAAAAGUGAGAGAACGAUAUCAGGAAAGAUGUUACCGACGACAUUAGGAGGUUAGAGGUGCUGAGGUUUAUCCCAUCUCUGAAUAUGGAGUAAAUUCCCACGUCUUUUCUUAUUUUGACUCGGAAUACAGUGAACGGGAGCGCAUCACGAUUAUACGUCUCACAUUCAAGGGAGAAGUCAUUCCAUUCACAAGCAAUUGGAUGAGAGUCAUACUUGCCCUUGGCAACUAAAGAUGACGUUACUAUGGAAACGACUUGUGGUGCUAUCAAUCAUUGGCUGCCUCGCAGUCUCAUCAGCACAAGCCGAAGACACAAAGUUUCUUGGUCCAAGCUGGAAAAAGGAACCAGAAGACCUGAUACUGCCCAUCCAUUCUCCUGAGCAGGAGGCCGUUUUAACCUGUAAGGCAUCAGGAGUCCCUUCCCCUCAGUACAGAUGGUCUCUAAACGGAACGCUCAUUGAUCUUCGUGGUGACGAGAGGCGUCGCCUGUCUGGGGGUAACCUGAUCAUUACCGGCCUGGAUCGGGACCAAGACAGCGGUGUCUACCAAUGCACCGCCUCCAACACCCGGGGAACCAUUCUCAGCCAGAGAACCACACUACAGUUUGCAUAUCUGGAAAACUUCAAAACGCAGACAAGAAGUGCUGUGAAUGUGAGGGAAGGCCAAGGGGUUGUUUUGUUAUGUGGCACACCUUUGCAUUCUGGGGAGCUCACAUUCACCUGGGUCUUCAAUGAGUACCCUCACUUUGUCCAGCAAGACAGUCGGCGCUUUGUAUCCCAAGAGACCGGGAAUCUCUACAUUGCUAAAGUGGAGCCGUCCGAUGUUGGGAAUUACACCUGUGUGGUUAACAACACUAUUACCAAGGAGAGGGUGUUCAGUUCCCCAACACCUUUAGUGCUGAGAAAUGACGGAGCGAUGGGAGAGUACGAGCCCAAAAUAGAGCUUCAUUUCCCCGACACCAUUCCAGCUGCUAAAGGAUCCACGCUGAAGCUAGAAUGCUUCGCCCUGGGAAAUCCAGUUCCCAAGAUCAGCUGGAGAAGAACCAGUGAUGUUUCGUUCCCAAACAAAGUCAAGCUAAAAAAUUCUAACGCCAUUCUGGAGAUUCCAAGUUUUCAACAAGAGGAUACGGGAACAUACGAGUGCAUAGCAGAAAACAGCCGUGGAAAGAAUGCUGCGAGAGGUCGUGUGUCUUUCCAUGCCACACCUCACUGGCUGCAGACGAUGACGGACACAUCAUUGUCCAUUGAGGAGAAUCUGUUUUGGGAGUGCAAAGCCAAUGGGAAACCAAAACCCUCAUACAGCUGGCUGAAGAAUGGAGAAACUCUUAUAUCCGAGGGCCGAGUGCAAAUAGAGAACGGCGCUCUCUCCAUCUCCUCGCUAAACCUCUCAGAUGGUGGGAUGUAUCAGUGUGUGGCGGAGAACAAGCACGGCAUCAUUUAUUCCAGCGCCGAACUGAUGGUGCUUGCCUCUGCUCCCAGCUUCACCCAGAAUCCUUUGAGCCGAGUGCUUAAGGCUCGUUCGGGUAGUGACGUUAGCCUAGAUUGCAGGCCACAUGCUUCGCCCAGAGCCAUUAGCCUGUGGAAAAGAGGAAGUGAGAUACUGCAAAGAAGCGAAAGGAUUUCACUCUUCCCUAAUGGGACUCUUAAGAUUGCCAAUGUAACCAAAAGAGAUGGAGGUAGCUACACAUGCGUCGCUAAAAACCAGUUUGGCACAGCGAGCACAACAGGAAGACUGAUAAUCACCGAGCCCACGAGGAUCAGCCAGGGCCCCAGCAGCACAGAGAUCACGGUGGGUGAGAGCAUCGUGCUGCCCUGCCAGGUGACUGCCGAUCCAGCCUUGGACGUGGCCUUCUCCUGGGCCUUCAACGGUCAGCCCAUUGAUUUCCAUCAAGACGCCGACCAUUUCGAGCGAGUGGGAGGGAGCUUUUCCGGCGAUCUUAUGAUUAGAAACAUCCAGCUUAAUCACGGUGGGAAGUACGUUUGCCUCGUCGACACGGACGUCGAGAGCUUGUCUGCUGACGCAAUAUUGGUUGUUAAAGGUCCCCCCAGCCCCCCAGACUUGGUCGUGGUCGAGGAGGUCACAGACAGCACGGCCCAGCUGUCCUGGAGCCCAGGCCAGGACAAUGGAAGUCCCAUUACUGGAUAUGUCAUCCAGGCCAGGACUCCUUUUACUGUCGGUUGGCAAGCUGUCGACACAGUUCCUGAGGUGAUCAACGGGAACACUCUGACUGCAACCGUGGUGGGUUUGAACGCUUGGGUGGAAUAUGAGUUCAGAGUGCUGGCCAGUAACAGUGUCGGGAUGGGAGAGCCUAGUCCCCCGUCUACCAAGAUCAGAACAGAAGAUGCUAUGCCUGACACGGCUCCCACUGAUGUCGGAGGCGGAGGAGGUACCAAAUCGGAAUUAGUGAUAACAUGGGAGCCUGUUCCAGAGGAGUUGCAGAACGGAGAGGGCUUCGGUUAUAUCAUCGCUUUCCGGCCGGUGGGCAUGGUCACUUGGACCCGCGCAGUGAUCUCAGCGCCCAGCGUCACCCGCUACGUUUUCCGCAAUGACACCAUCCCGCCGUUCUCACCAUUCAAUGUGAAAGUGGGAGCAUUCAACAACCGUGGAGAAGGACCUUUCAGCAGUAUUGCAACAGUGUUCUCCGCAGAGGAAGUGCCGAGCGUAGCGCCGGAGAAAGUGUCAGCAAAAAGCCUGUCGGCGGCCGACAUCGAAGUUACCUGGGAGCCGAUCGCGUCGACCCCUGAAAGAGUUCUCGGAUAUGAGGUGGUGUACUGGGAAGAUGACACCAAGCCGGAUACAGUGGGUAAAGUGCGGAUCACUGGAAACUACACAGCAGUGAAUGUCAGCGGCCUGCAGGGGAACACUCAGUAUUACCUAGCAGUGUGUGCCUUCAAUACAGCAGGAACUGGCCCCCAGUCUGUACCUGUCAAUGUUACCACUAAAAAACCACCGCCUGGACAGCCCCCUCAGAACGUAGAGUGGAACCUGAUUGGCUCUCAGCUCGUGCUGCAGUGGGAUCCCGUCAUCGCUCUCGAAACUGAAUCUGAGGUCACGGGAUACAUAGUGCAGUACAGAAGACACCGGAAUAACGACAUGUACUCCAUCAUCACCAACAAAACCUCGGUUGAGUUGACCCUCAAUCCGAACGACAACUACGUCAUUCAGAUCAAGACCCUCAGUGAAGGGGGCUUGGGGGAAGGAAGCGAGCCCAUCCACAUCCACCAACUCAGCAUGGGUGCACGUGGAUCCAGAGCAGGAAGGCUGUGCACGAUUUCUCUCUCUCCGCUCCUCAUUUGCGCUCUGUCGACGAUCAGUGCCUCCUGAUGUUCGCCUCCCAUGAGCACCAGACCCAAACACACCGAGAAAAACAUACUUUCUCCUCUUUGCUAAUAUAAGGCAUAUGUUUUGCAUCACAAUCUGACCUGAUGGGAUUCCCCAGAUCCGGCAAAAUGUAUAAAAGAGCCGGAUAUUGAAAUGUCAUGGGAAUGUUGGGGAGUUUUCAUCAAUAGUAAACACAGCAGAGCCCUGGAAGAAAGUCAUUAGGGUUUUUGGGAUGAUCUAGAGUACUGCAAAAGACAUUUCCUUAUUGAGUAUUUUUGUUGUCUUUUCCUGAAAAAACAUGCUUAAACAGGAUAAAUUAACUUGAGGGGAAAACUGCAUCAAAUAUUAAGACUUGUUUUCAGAGAACUAAGCUUAAAGUUUAUUUUUCUUACCCCAUUGGUAAUUUGGCUUUUUUUCAUAGGUUUAUGCUUAAUCAUGGGGAAAAAAGAUCCUGUGAGGUUAGAAAAAUAAACUUAAUUUAAAAUUAUAUGUUUUUCUUUGAAAACAAAUCUUAUUAAUUGGAAAACAAGACAAAAAUGACAAUUUCUUUGGCACCCUACACCCAGGAAAAAAAAAAACAAAAAAAAAAACAGAUACACAAACUGCUUUUGUUCUUUGUAUAAUACGCUUCUUUAUGCAGUGUGCCAAUGUGUGCGUCAUCUUUUCCUCUGAUCCUUGAGAACAAUCAAUGCCUUAAAUUCAUGUACGCACCAAAGUAGAUGAAAACAGUUUUGCAGUUGAGGACAAGGGCUAAGAAACCAGUGUUGGCGGGAGUUGCUCUUAUACAUAAUGCAGAUUUUUGGAUCUCUUGUGGCUUCAAGUUCUGGCUCUGGGUUAACAAAGCCGAGCAUUGAUUUGUCCUAAUGGGAAUCUUCCAUUAGUUAAGAAAAGAGUGUCGCAGUCCCGCCUCUAUUACAGUGUCAUCGACUCCAAAGGCUCCCUCACAGUCUCUUUGAUGGGUAUUAGCAUUUUGUUCGACACAUCAUGUCGCUUCAAUUAUUGAUGCAUUACGCAUUAUACUCUUUAGGCUACGCAAUUAAGGCUUACUUUUCCUGUGAGUAUUUGCUCUGUAUACGUCAUCUAGUUGAACCAGAUUUACACCACUUCAGUUUUUCUUAGCUGGUGCUGCCCCGCUGUAUCAUGUUAUUCACAACCCAUUCACGCCUUCAAAUAUAUAUUGUAACGCAACACAUCAAAAAUCCAUCGAAUAUGGUUUUAAAGUUUCCAUCACUUAGAAAAGUACGCUUUUGAAAGGCACUCAUAUGCCUCACACACGUCUACCUGUACUUACGUAUGUGCGUGUUAGUAAACUGGCACAUAAACUGCAAAACAAGUUGUCAGAAACUGAGUGACGAGAUGUGGAACACUGCUGGAAGGGUAUCAAAUUUUUAUACCUCUAAUGGCCCUAGAUGUGAAAAGAUUGAAAGCCUUGCAAACAAGUACAAAACAGAUGCGUGAAAGUCCCCAGAGUUCCUAACCAGUCUAAAUGCGUUGAAAAAAAUCAGAGUUGUUCAAGGUGGUUUUGCAUCCUAAUCGUGUGGUAUUGUUCAAAAGACACAUUAGGGUUGCACUAUAAUUUGUAUUUUAAACAUGAAAUAUACAUUAGUGGUUCAACUGUAAUUUCAUGAAGCUGAGAGAAUACUUUUGAGCACAAAAAAGAAAAAUAAAUAUAGCUGCAUGCAGCGAUUACCAGGGUUCAAACGCUUAAGGCAUUUAAACAUAUAAGUAGAAAGACAUUACAUAUUAUUUAGCAAGGCUGUACCCACCUUUUUAACUGUUAUAGCACCAGCUGUAGUUUGAUCUCCUUAAAACUUUGCAUGCUUGUUUAGAAUCACCUGCCUCAUGUGCUAACCAGGUUUCGUGACGUUUUGAGUUUUCCUUUAGGCUUUAUAGGAUUUGGGGUAAAUUUGGACAGACCCCUUUUCUAAAUGAUAAUAUAUAUAAUUAUUGACCUAGAGAGCCCAGGGAAUUGUACUGCAGUGUUUUUUUCCAGAUUGAGCAAAAAACCUAGGACGUUCUAGAGGCAAAGUUGUCGUAAAUAAGGAGUUCUAUCGUACAAUACAAAUAUAUUGUGCAUAUGUGUUCAUCGUUUACGCCCUUGAAAAAUGCGAUUGCCCCCCGAGUGGCCGAUUUCUUUCAAAUUUCUCUCAGACCUUUGUGGCCGUGAAUCAAACAGGCCCACCAAGUUUCGUUCCAGUCAGCCUCCGUUAACCUUGUCUAACAGAUGCUCAAAUUUCAUUGGCCAAUGGCAGCCAUGUUUUUUGAGAUACACAAACGCCUUAUAGACACUUGUGGCACUUUGGACCAAGACCUGGCACAUGCUUAAAGGACAUAUAGUUGCGCAGUAAUAGCCAUUUUAAUGUUUUUUUUCCCCUCUAACAGCGCCACCAAGUGGCCAAGCUCUGUAAUUUUUUUCUGUGACCUCAGAUUGAGCUUUUACAUAAGUGUUCUGAGUUUGGCGAAGAUACAGGCAUUUUACUAAAUUUGAACGUUUUGACUUCCCUUCCCUGAUAGCACACAUACAUCAUAAAGACGUCUAUUUGAUGUCGGCAUUUAAAUCUGGAAGAUGUAUUUUAUGAGUGUUUGCUAAUAUGCGAUACGUCUAUAGGACAUUUCCUAUCAGAUGUCAAAUAGACGUCUAAUAGAUUACUUUAAGAUGUUUAUGAUUUAGAAUGUAUGUAUGCAUCUUAUAGAUGUCUGUCAGAUGUUUGUACACAGCAGAUGCUUUCCAGAUCAAGUGAUCUCUAACAGACAUCUUGCAGACGUGCUACCUGGGUUUGCGAUGGUGUCAAAAGUUCAACUUUUUUGAGGUAAUUAUUGAUAUUCACUCUCCGGAAAAUCUUUCUGCAAUCAGGUGAAAACCUAGUUCGCAAAAGUAGGUUUUUCAGUAAAUGCAAAAUACUCUAAAACUUUGCAGGCUCAAAAUCAAAUCUCAUUUAUUUUGGCCACUAUGAGUUAAGGAUUCCAACAACAUAAAACAUUUGAAUCUGCGACUGACAUUUAGGAGUUAUGAAUGAUUUCGUACUUUUGUUUACUGUAGCGCCCCCUUCAGGCCGAUUGGGGCGAGCCUUGGUCACAUUGUAGGCGAUGCGAGUACAACAAUCCCUCCAAGUUUCAAGUUUCUGAUCUGCACAAUCAGUUUCACAUGGAGACUGCUGAUCUGUGACCGUUCUAACAAUUACAACGUGCUUGAAGCCCUAAUAACUUUAUUCAAUCAUUUAUUCUCUUCUGUGUCAGUCUUGGACGCGUUCACGAGAGUACCACGACGUAUGUGAAGAAAGGUUGGAAAAAGUAAUUUCUUUGUGAACAAAAAGUAUUCUCACAGCUUCAUUUUGAGCAUAAAUUUGGGGCAAAAUAAUCGUGAUUUAUCAAUUUAACCAUUGUCAUGCAGCCGUAAGUCACAUUAUGAUAUUGGAUUACCAGUACAUGGGCGAUCAUAUCUCAUGUUGAUGCCCUGAUGUACUGAAUUCUGAAUUUUUCAUUUGUACCCUCAGUGAGACAAGAGGCGAGGCGCUUCGGGGGUGACCUUUUAAUGCCGAGGUUCGCUGCCAAGGAAUAGUGCCUUCACUGGACAAUAUGUUCCUGGCUCUGUCAUGGCAGUAUCAGGCUGUAGAGCCCAUAAUUUGCACUUGUUCUUCUCAACGUCAGAAGAAAGCACAAGGUAGUGAACCAAGGUGACAUAGCCUUCCUGCAAAGUCUCUAGAACAGGUGCAGUACAUCCCAUGAAGACAUGUUAAGAAAGUUAGUGAGAGAGAAAAAAAAAAAAAAAAAAAAAAAAAAAAAAAAGAGGCUGCAGAGUCCCAAUCAGGACAGCCUAUCUGUUCUCCUUCAGGCUUUCAUAAAGGUCUGGGCAUCUUGAUUAGGCUGCAGUGGCCCAGUCAAUGGGAUAUCGAUUUUUCUGCUCUAUAUUGCGGCUGUCACAAAGCAGACUCUUGAUUGACUGAUGUCGGUGUUCCUGUCAGCCGUCUUGUGUGGAGUUUGAGCUUUGAGCGUCUGAGAUGUCCUUGCCCUCCUCCCGUUCAAAGAGUUUGAGUUUUAGCAGAAAGAUGCAGAGAACAAAAAGAAGUUUCUUGAAGAAGAAUUAGAUACAUUUUGCAAUCUUACAUCUGCGUUAGUGCAGGUGAAAAACACAGAAACUACAUUUCAGGAUAUGCAGUCGAACACCACCGUUCAAAGGUUUGGGAUCAGUCCGAUUUUUUUUUUUCUAAAGACGACUAUUAUGUUCAUCAAGGCUGCAUUUAUUUGAUCAGAAAUGAAGUAAAAACUGUAAUAUGUGAAAUAGUAACUCUUUUCUAUUUUUAAAAUGUAAUUUAUUCCUGUGAUAGCAAAGCUGAAUUUUAAGCAUUGUUACUCCAAUCUUCAAUGUCACAUGAUCCUUUAGAAAUCAUUCUAAUAUGCUGAUUUGCUGCUCAAGAAACGUAUUAUCAAUGUUGAAAACAGUUAUGCUGCUUAAUAUUUAUGUGUAAAACCACUGAUGAAAAGAGAUUCUUUAAUGAAUAGAAUGCUCAAAAGAACAUAAUUUAUUUAAAACAGAAAUAUUUUGUAACAUUAUAAAUGCUUCAUGGUCACUUUUGAUCAAUUUCAAGGCAUCCUUGCUGAAUAAAAAUAUGAAUUUCUUUUAUAAAACCUUAAAAUCUUACUGAGCCCAAACUUUUGAAUAGUAGUAUACAUUUUAGCAUCAUUUAAAUCUUAAUAAGCAUUCCUGGUUCCAUUGCUAUUUAUUUCAAAAAAGCUCCGCCCCUAAAAUGACAUUCUGCUGAUGUCAUCAAGUCCUCUUAUUCUACUUUUAAGUUAUUCCCGAUGGAUAAAUUUCAUAAAAUUCCUCCCUGUUACAUUAAAGAAGGCUGCAAGUUCUUCAUUUUGAGUUUAAAGCUGCUAUUACGAACAGUUUUUAAGGUUUUUUUAUGGUCAAGUGUACUUUAUAGUUCUAUAGUUGAGUUUCUCUCUUUGAAAUGAUGAAUUAUUUAUAGGUUGUCUAUUCUUUUCAGACAAUGUUUGUUUUUCAGCAUAGGAAAACAAAAAUAGAAAUGUACUAUAAGUAUUUCAUAUUACAGUAAUUACAAAGUUAGCGCUGCUUCUCACACCCCUUGUCACUAAUGGUUCGUUUUUUCCUCCUGCUCUCAGUUUGUUCUAAUGUGCCCCAUCAACCCUCAGUUACAGUAUCUGCGUAAUGAUGCAUAUAAACACUGAAACAAUAAUUGUUGUUUAAUAGCAAUGAUUUCUUUGGUACUCUUAAAAUUGUGAAGUCUAAUUUGCCUAAUUUUGUGUACACCGUAUAAUCAGUGAGUUUCAUUUCUUCACAUUAUGGUUUCCCCUUGGCAAAACUUUGAUAUGAAAAUCUGAGCUGUUAAUGACAGAUCUUAUCGCUACAAUCCAAUUAUGUUUCUAAGUAAUCCGAAAUGAAAAACGACAAUACAUUGGCCAGAUGUAAAUAGUGGCUAUAUAUUUUUAGAGUCGGCCAGCAUUGAUAACCUAACGUUUUCUACUGCACACGGCCCUGAGAAUUUAAUACUGAUGUAUUAGUGAAUAAUCUCUGUGAGAUGACUUACAUAUAACAUGACAUUUUCAUAUUGAAAAGUAACUGUUUUGUCUUGUAUACUAAAACUGUGCAUGUGGAAAAAUGUUUGGUGCAUACGUGUUGAAUUUUAUAAUCCUGUUAAAAACUUAAUAAAAAUGUCAAAA